AUGGGAUCAAUCCAAGCCCCAAUGGAGCUCUACAAGUCAAUGCGUCUGAUCUACCGAGCCCCAGAGGACUCUGCAGAGGACAAAGAAUUCCUUCAUCGCUCUAUCAUCAAUGACACAACGAUCCAAACACUGAGCACCAUGCGCCUCAAGCGCCCAGCAAACAAGGCCGCUGCCGACGAUUUCAUCAAAUCAAUGCAAGGGGCAGUUCUCGGCGUGCUCAUCUGUCUUCCUGUUGACACUCCCGAAGAGACAAACACGACGAAUGCUUCGGUUUCUUCGCCGUCAAAUCCAAAGAGCGGCACCCGAACGAUUCCAAUCGGCCAUUUGAACAUAUUCAACAAAUUGGGUCCAGAUACCGCCCACCACCGAAAUGCAAUGCUAGGCAUAUCCUUUGCGGAGGAAUAUCGAGGUAAAGGGUACGGGGGAGAAGCAAUCAACUGGGCGCUUGACUGGGCUUUCCAGCAUGCAGGCUACCACAGAAUCUGCAUUGGGGCUUUCUCUUUCAACACCAACGCUUUGAAACUUUACAGAAAGCUUGGUUUCGUCGAUGAAGGUCGCGAGCGUGAGGCGAUAAUACAUCUUCGGAAGUGGCAUGACAUUGUCAAUCUAUCCAUACUUGAGCAUGAGUGGGAGGCAUUGAGGGCGAAGGGCCCAGAUGAUCCAGAGAGAAAUUAG